AUGUCAAAUGCUCAAUUAAUGAAUCCCAACUGGUUUACAGGUCUAAUCGCUGAUGCCUUGCAAUCAGUGACAGAAAAGAAUUCAGUCCUUCUCGUCUACAUAUAUGAUGACUCGGACAGAAGUGAACAGUUUGAUGCUGCAUUUGCUAGUGAAAAGGUAUCUGUAGUGAUGGGCCAAAAGACAGUUUCUCUAAAAUUCAUGAAAGAAUCUUCGAAUGCUAUGCUGUUUGCUCAAAUAUAUCCUGUGUCUAAAGUACCUGUGGUUUACUUCAUUGUUCAAGGUACCAUUAAGGACUUUUUAACGGAGGCUCCAUCCGCCGCAGAUAUCAUCGAUAAAAUCAACGCGGUUUAUUCAUCUAUUCCAGAUAAAACAGAAAAAGCAACUCAGUCCGCAAAAGAAGGUCAGAAAAAGAUUGCAAAAAGAAGGGAAACAAGCAAACCAUCGAUAGAAAAAGUCGAAUACUGUAACCUAAAAAUUAAACAAUUGGAUGGAUCAACGUCAGAUAAGUUAUUAUUAGUUACAGAAUGGAUAGAUCAAUUUCGUACCGAUGGUGACAGACCUUAUAAACUAUUUAUACAAUUUCCUACGAAAGAAUUUGAUAUUGGAGAUGAACAACGAACUUUAUACGAGCUGAAAUUAUGUCCGAAUAGUACCUUAUUGAUGAAGCCCAUAAAAAAUGUCUCCACUGCUUAUGCAAAACAUAGUGGCAACACUUCUCAGAAAGGCUGGCUGAGCUACAUAUAUACUGCUGGAAAUUCUAUGUAUCAAUCAGUAAGCCAAGCCAGCGAAUCGAUAGUGUUUUAUUUUGCUCCAACCAGUCAUCAAAUACCAGAACCACCGCAAAGAUUGGGCAAUGGUGAGCCAUUCACGGCGAAUCAAAAUUUAUAUAAUGGUUACCAACCCAAUUUGAACACGCUUCAAGGUAUAACAAAUGACGAACGCGAUUCAAGAAAGAAAGAUCACAAAGUAUAUAAUGGCAACUCUAUCAAUCAAGAAUAA